AUGACUUCGCUGAUGUGCAUUGUGUUCAUGUCAAUCCCAGCCUUAGUGAGCCUUCUGAUUCAAUGGGGUGUCAUCGUUGGCAACGAUUUUGUCCUCGGAAUCUCUCUAGUGCCACCAGGUCUCAUCUCAAUCGGAACAACCAUGAUCAAUUGCGUAUUUCACAACGAUUAUCGAGCUCAUGUACUUCGAAUUUUCUGCCCGAGUAAAUCUGAGAAAACCACCGGAAGAAGUGGGGGUGCCAGUGAAAUCUUCCCCGAAAGAGAUACCUUACAUGCGCAUUCGCUAAUCCUUGAAAAGGAUACUCGCCUACAACUUACGGAUAAUAGCGAGAUAAUGCUCUAA